AAACCAACAAAGGACAGAGAUUGAAUCGCUGUUAAACACGUUACCCUCUCCAUUGGCCAGCCAAUCGCAACUUUCCUUCUUGAUCUCCUCUUCCCCACAAACCAUGACAACGACCCUGCAAAUGUCUCCCAGUUGCCAAGUGCACACUUUGCCUUACCCUUAAUCACAUAAAAGAGGUAAAUUCGAAAACAAAGACAACCCAUUUCUCCCCACCUCAAAUCGGUUUUGAGGCUCAAAUUCAAAAACCCAACUGAAAUCCCAAAAAAUCUCACCCUUUUUCCUUCUCUGGGAAUUUAUAUAAACCCAAGAUUCCUGUUAGAUUCAAUUCUGAGGGCGUUGAGAGAGUUGGGGGAUUCAGUUUUAGGGAAAAUGGGUGUUUGUUUUUCAUGAUAAUGUGGAUUCUUUUCUGGGAAAGUAAAGAUUUUUUUCCAUAAUUGAAAUGGAAGCAGCUUCAUGCCUUCUCUGUGGAAGCAUCCCGGCCAUAACAUUGGCUCCUACUGUUCAACGGCGUUAUAGUUCCAAUUUUUGCUUAUUCUUUGAUGGGAAAUACAAUUACCCAUCAACCAAGUUUCAAUCCAACCAACUUAUUCUCUGCGGAAGCGGCGGCCAGAGCAAGCUUACUACCAAGAAAAAGCCCACCAAGAAAAGCAAUGUCAACGCCAAACCCAAAAUCCGCAGAACUGACACCGGCACUGCUGCUACUACUAGUAAACCCAGUAGUAGUCUUAGUACCACGAAGACAAUGGUGGAGGAACUCGAGACAAUGAAGCAACAACAGCACAAGGUUAAAAAGAAUAAGGCGGACGUGAGAGGUUUAUACCAAAAUGGGGAUCCAUUGGGGCGAAGAGAUCUUGGUAAGAGUGUUGUUAGGUGGAUAAACCAGGGGAUGAGGGCAAUGGCAUCGGAUUUUGCGUCUGCAGAGCUGCAGGGGGAGUUUUUGGAGGUUCGGCAGCAGAUGGGUCCUGGAUUGACGUUUGUGAUCCAGGCACAGCCGUACCUCAAUGCAAUUCCUAUGCCUCCUGGGCUCGAAGCAAUUUGUUUGAAGGCCUGCACACAUUAUCCAACUCUUUUCGACCACUUUCAGAGGGAAUUGCGCGAUGUUCUUCAAGAGUUGCAGCGGAAAUCAGUAUUUGAAGACUGGCGCGAGACUGAGUCUUGGAAGCUACUAAAGGAGCUUGCACAUUCAGCUCAACAUAGAGCGAUUGCAAGGAAAAUCACUCAGUCAAAGCCCGUGCAAGGUGUUUUGGGGAUGGAUUUGGAGAAGGCCAAGACCAUACAAUGCAGGAUUGAUGAGUUCACAAAGCGGAUGUCAGAGUUGCUCCGGAUAGAGAGGGAUGCAGAGUUGGAGUUCACCCAAGAGGAGUUGAACGCUGUUCCUACGCCUGAUGAGACUUCUAACUCCUCAAGACGAAUUGAGUUCUUGGUUAGCCAUGGCCAGGCACAGCAAGAACUUUGUGACACCAUUUGCAAUUUGAAUGCCAUUAGCACAUCGACAGGAUUGGGGGGGAUGCAUUUGCUGUUAUUUAGAGUUGAAGGGAAUCACCGUCUACCCCCUACUACUCUUUCACCCGGAGACAUGGUUUGUGUAAGGACAUGUGAUAGCAGGGGAGCUGCUGCUACAUCGUGCAUGCAGGGGUUUGUUGACAACCUUGGUGAGGAUGGUUGCAGCAUCAGUGUGGCUCUGGAGUCACGUCAUGGCGAUCCUACCUUCUCUAAACUUUUUGGAAAGACUGUGCGAAUUGACCGAAUUCAAGGAUUGGCUGAUGCACUUACAUAUGAGCGCAAUUGUGAAGCCUUGAUGCUUCUUCAAAAGAAUGGCUUGCAGAAGAAAAACCCUUCUAUAGCUGUUGUGGCUACACUAUUUGGAGAUAAAGAAGAUGUAGCUUGGUUGGAGGAGAAUAAUUUAGCAGAUUGGAGUGAAGAAUUGGGUGUACAGUUACAGAAUGGAACUUUUGAUGAUUCCCAGAGACGAGCAAUUGCCUUAGGCAUAAACAAAAAGCGACCUAUAUUAGUGGUCCAAGGGCCUCCGGGGACUGGAAAGACAGGUUUGCUUAAAGAACUCAUUGCACUUGCUAUACAGCAAGGUGAAAGGGUGCUAGUAACAGCGCCUACUAAUGCAGCUGUUGACAACAUGGUUGAAAAACUUUCUGGUAUUGGGUUAAAUAUAGUGAGGGUUGGAAAUCCAGCACGUAUAUCUUCAACAGUGGCAUCAAAAUCUUUGGUUGAAAUUGUGAACUCCAAGCUAGCAGACUUCCGAGCAGAGUCUGAAAGGAAGAAGUCAGAUCUAAGGAGAGACCUGAAACAGUGUUUAAAGGAUGAUUCUUUAGCUGCAGGCAUACGCCAGCUCUUAAAGCAGCUGGGAAAGGCACUAAAGAAGAAGGAAAAGGAAACCGUGAGGGAAGUACUCACUAGUGCCCAGGUAGUGCUUGCUACCAACACUGGAGCUGCUGAUCCAUUGAUUCGGAGGCUAGAAAUGUUUGACCUGGUUGUUAUAGAUGAAGCAGGACAGGCAAUUGAACCUUCUUGUUGGAUCCCAAUAUUGCAGGGAAAGCGAUGUAUACUCGCUGGUGAUCAGUGCCAGCUUGCCCCAGUUAUCUUGUCUAGAAAAGCCCUAGAGGGUGGUUUAGGGGUAUCUUUACUGGAGAGAUCUGCAACUCUGCAUGAAGGGGUUCUUGCUACCAUGUUAACAAUACAAUACCGUAUGAAUGAUGCAAUAGCUAGUUGGGCCUCAAAGGAGAUGUAUGGUGGAACAUUGAAGUCUUCCCCCAUUGUUGCUUCUCAUCUUCUUGUUGAAUCUCCUUUUGUCAAGCCAACAUGGAUAACACAAUGCCCAUUGUUGCUGCUUGAUACAAGAAUGCCAUAUGGGAAUUUGUCAAUGGACUGUGAAGAGCAUUUGGAUCCUGCUGGAACAGGCUCAUUUUACAAUGAAGGGGAAGCAGACAUUGUUGUCCAGCAUGUAAUUUCUUUGAUUUAUUCAGGUGUCAGCCCAGCAGCUAUUGCUGUGCAAUCACCUUAUGUUGCUCAAGUGCAACUCCUAAGGGAGAGGCUUGAUGAGUUUCCUGAGGCAGAUGGUGUUGAAGUUGCAACAAUUGAUAGCUUCCAGGGAAGAGAGGCUGAUGCAGUUAUUAUAUCAAUGGUCCGUUCAAAUUCUUUAGGAGCCGUCGGAUUCCUUGGGGACAGUAGGAGAAUGAACGUGGCCAUAACAAGGGCAAGGAAACAUGUUGCAGUUGUGUGUGAUAGCUCAACAAUUUGCCACAACCCCUUCCUAGCCAGGCUGCUGCGCCAUAUCCGCUAUUUUGGCAGAGUAAAGCAUGCAGAUCCUGGUACUGUUGGUGGAUCCGGUCUUGGUAUGGAUCCAAUGUUGCCUUCCAUUAGUUGACAACUUGACAUGGAUAAUCAGGUCAAGUGAUUAUUUGGGCGCUUAGUUGUUCUGGAGUGCUCAGAUUCUUUGCUUGAAUUAAUUUAUGUACAGGAAAUGAUUUUUAUCAAGGAAAAGAAAAUGAUAGAAACUGCAUGUGUAACACAUUGGUUGAAUUUGUAUAUAAAUUACAAUACACUUCAAUUUCCUAC